AGAGUCGAUGGAUCUCACUCGCCCUCUGAUUUCUAUUUUGAUUGGAGGAUUAAACAACAACUUCCUUUUAUUGACGAAGCAUAAGAUAAACGAGGCCUUUCGUCAGUGUUUUACUUAUUCCCAUUAUGUGUAGAACAUUCGAAAUAGGAAAACCAUAAUUCCUCAGAAUGAAGAAAAGGUAAUUUGGGGUUCUAGUUCAGUUUAUUGAGAUGCUUAUGAAAAACAAGGUGAAUAUCUAGAAUCAGGGAAAAUAUGGAAAGAACCAAAGCAUGAAGGGUUACUUGCGGAUUCCUUGAUUAUCAAUCUAGGAGAGGAUGUUGGAGAAAAAGUUCUGUCUUAUUUUCGGAACAGCACCAAUAAUUCUGUUAGUUCCCAUGGUCGCACGCAGAUGGGCAUUAUCUUGUCAGCUACUGGUUCAGUUUUGGACCCGAUAAUGGAUACAGAAAAUUCAUCAGCUUCAGAUAAGGGUUCAUUUUCAAUAAUAAAGCUUCAGGGAAAAUAUAUUAUAUCUGAAGAUGGUCAAGUUCAGCAAGAAGGACCACUGACUAUACUCUGUGCUGGUUCAUCUGGUGUUGCUGUUGGAGGUCGAGUUAAUGGUCAUCUGGUUGCAGCAAACCUGGUCCAGGUUAUGGUGGGUCGUUUCUACGCAUAAACCAAGAGAAGGUGAAGCGAAAAUUUGAAGAGCUGCAUUCACCUCUUGUUUUGCUAGUUUUGUUUCUCCAUCAACAUCUGUGCUUUCUAUUCUUCUUUCGUUAUACUUUGAAACAAAAACUGGAUUAGUUACCUUUCAUGUUGGUUUCUCUUGACAUUGACCAGGAUAGUCCAACUAAAAAGCUUAAUGUUUAUUGAUAGAAAACCUUAAAACUUCUUUUGGAUGAUCUUCUGUAGUUGAGUACCUUUUUGUAGGGCGAGUAUUUGCAUUUUGCAGGAAAUGUCCUAGUUUUUUUGU